AUGCCGACGGGCGAGUCCUCAUCUUCGCGAUCAGCCGAGGCCAUAACCGCUCCUACGCUGCUUCUUCCUAAAAAGAGCGUACCAUCCCUCUCGCAGGAAGCAUUCGCUGAGCUCCGAGCUGAAUUUGGGUCAACGACGCCGCUCUCGACAGAUGCAGCGACGCCCUCCUGUGACGAUGCAAGGACAUCCCAUGUGCUAUCGGACGUCUCUACACGUAUUUGGAAACCCUCCAGCACGCUUCGUUCGAUGAUGCAGUACUGGACGCAGAAGCAGCAGCAGGGCCAAAUCCUGCGGUCCACCGAUACAUUGGCUGUAUGCCAACGGCAUCGUGACGAGCGAGACGUGAUACCCCUUGGCCAGAUGUACGGAUGGCCUAUGUCCCUGGACUUGAAACAACUGCGACGGCGCGUUACCUCGCCUGGAAAUCGGUACCUUCGUCUGUUGGAGGACUUCAUUGUAUACCCGAACCACAGUACCUGGUUUCAACGGGCACGUACGCGCCGUGAGACCACUGGCAAAAAGGCAAGCGCAAGUGCACAGCAGCUCGAAACGUUUCACGAGCGGCAGACUGGCUACUAUGGCGAGCAGGGAUGGGAGCUCUUUCACGAUAUUCUUACAUCGGCCUAUAUUCACGACCCUAUGAUGGCCAGUUUGGACCUGACCAAGCCUGCGACGCUGAAAAAAAUGCAUCCUCUGGACGCCCGCGAAUUUGUGGAUCAAGUCCUCUUACCUGAACUAGUAUGUAUGCUCAUUCAAGAUGACAUGGGUGGUGAAAAGAGCGGUAUCACAUACGACGCUGCCGAGGCCAUGCAACAGGCAAGUCAGAAAUUCGGGAUUGCCAUGUUCCCCAGCGAGCAUGCACCGUCUGCCCAUACGUCAAAGCGUGGAAGUGGCGCGUGGAUUGGUGCCUCGCCCAAACGGGCCAAGAAGGGCGAUACCGACUUGGCUGCUGUGCGCAAGCCACGAGGCGGCCUUGUGCAACAAACGCUCGCUGUGCGUCGUUCAGCACGAACGGCCUCCAGCAGCUCAGUGUCAGACACACAUAUCAUCGCCCUCGCGUGA